AUGGCUCAAAACUGGCCAUAUGUCAUCAACCUUAGUAACAGUAUUAUUGGUAUUUCUACACUGGCUAUGCCAUUUUGUUUUAAACAGUGUGGAAUUCUACUAGGUAUUUUACUGUUAUUAUUAAGUACAUGGUUAACACUGGUAUCAUGUCAGAUUUUAAUGAAGGCAGGAGUUACCUCCAGAAGGAGCUCGUAUGGAUUUUUAGCGUAUUAUACUUACGGUGUGUCUGGUAAACUGGCUGUUGAAUUAGGUAUGAUAGGUUUACAGAUAGGUACAUUAAUAGCUCAAAUUGUUGUUAUUGGAGAUUUUGGACCAAUUAUAUUAGCCAAGAUAUUUGGAAUUCCUAGUUCUAGUAAUCUGCGUACCGGAUUAAUAAUGUUUCUAUGUUUAGGGGUAGGAUUACCUCUAGGAUUAUUAAAAGAUUUAAGAGCUGUUAGCCGAGCCAGUACUAUUUGUGUGUGUUUUUAUGUUGUAUUUAUCUUAUAUGUAUUGGGUUUAUCUGCCCCUAAUUUAUUAACUGGUGCCUGGUAUCCUAAAGUUCAUUUUUGGAAAGCAGAUGGACUGUUUGAAACUUUGCCUAUUUUUUCAUUUUCAUUCGGUUGUCAAACGCAGUUGUUUAUAUUAUAUGAUGCCCUACCAGAACCUUCAUUAAAAACAGUCAAUGGUAUUACUAGUAGUGCAAUAAAUCUCUGUGCUGUGGCUUAUUUAUUGAUGGGAUUUUUUGGUUACAUUGCCUUUCAUGAAGAUGUGAUCACUGGAGACAUCAUUAAGCUGUUUCCUAAUACAUUAUUUGCUGACAUAAUGAAGCUAGGAUUUGUGAUAUCUACAGCCAUUACCAUUCCUUUGAUAAUUUUCCCUUGUAGAGUCAGUUUAUAUAACUUGCUCUUCUCACAAGUAAGGAUCCAUAUUCCAGAAAUCCAUUUUAAAGUUUUAACUUUAUUAAUUGUAUUAGGACCUAUGAUAGUUGGAAUUCUAGUUCCCAAUGUUGAAUUUAUUUUGGGAUUCAAUGGAGCCACAAUGGGAACAUUAAUGUGUUUUGUAUUUCCUGCCAUGUUUUUUCUGAAAGUCAAUAAAGGUGAAUCAAGAGGAAUUGCUCAGGUAUUUUAUAUUUUCUUCUUAAAUCUAUCAUAA